AUGAAUGUAUCGAAUCCAGUCAAUUCGUUACCACAACUACCAACCGCUGUUAUAUGUGAACUGUUGCCUUCGGCCACACGAUUUAUCCAGGCCGCAUGCGCCGCUCAGAGUACUCCGGAACCGCUCACGUUUUCCGUGCAUUCGGUGGAAAAUCCCAUAGAAUUGGAUGUGACUGUGACCAGAGUUGGCGAAGGUCCGCCACAUCGACUACGGCGGACCGAGUUUCUACUGACAGAGGGCGGUGAGGUUUCGGUCACUUCUAUGGAUCUCACCCUGUAA